AUGUCAGCGAACAAGGGAAAGACUGCUCUCGCUCUCACAAGGGUUUGGCACCAUACGUCAGCGGAAAACAGAGUUCUUGGUAAUCUUGCAAGUAGAAUAGCAUGGGCUUUGAUGGGAAAGCAUAAGCCAACAUAUGAUCCAGCAGUCGAUGCCGGUGAUUAUGUUGUGGUCUCAAACGCCGCUCAAGUGCAUUUGACAGGAAAAAAGGGCACAGAUAAGGUGUAUUAUUCGCAUACGGGAUAUAUGGGAGGUUUAAAGGCUGUACCAAUAACGAGGAUGAAGGAGAGACGGCCAGACGAGAUCAUACGGCGAGCGGUAUCAGGUAUGCUGCCCAAAAAUACAUUUCGUGACAGACGUCUGGAACGUCUAAAGAUCUUCGCUGGACCUGCGCCUGAGACAUACGUGAAUAACAGUCUGCAGACAUGGAGGGAUCAGGUGGGACAAGCGCAAGUGGAGAGCAAGUCUCAGCCUAUGGUAUAG